AUUUCCCCACGUGGGUCCCGGGCUGCCGGCUCCUGGGAGCGACCCGGGGCGGCGGGUCUGCGGGCGGCUCCGCGCUGCACCCCGGCUCCGGCCCGGCAUGAACCGCUACCUCCUGCCGCUGUCCGUGCUGGGCACGGUGGCGGGCAGCGCCGUGCUGCUCAAGGACUAUGUCGCCGGCGGGGCCUGUCCCAGCAAGGCCACCAUUCCCGGGAAGACCGUCAUUGUGACGGGCGCCAACACCGGCAUCGGGAAGCAGACCGCCUUGGAGCUGGCCAAAAGAGGGGGCAACAUCAUCCUGGCCUGUCGAGACAUGGAGAAGUGCGAGGCGGCGGCAAAGGACAUUCGCAGGGAGACCCUUAAUCACCACGUCAAUGCGAGGCACCUGGACUUGGCCUCCCUCAAGUCCAUCCGAGAGUUUGCAGCGAAGAUCAUUGAAGAGGAGGACCAACUGCACGUCUUGGUCAACAAUGCGGCCGUGAUGCGGUGCCCCCACUGGACCACCGAGGACGGCUUUGAGAUGCAGUUCGGAGUUAACUACCUGGGUCACUUUCUUUUGACAAACUUACUGCUGGACAAGCUGAAAGCCUCAGCGCCUUCGCGGAUCAUCAACCUCUCGUCCUUGGCCCACGUUGCUGGGCACAUAGACUUUGAUGACUUGAACUGGGAGAAGAGGAAGUACGACACCAAAGCAGCCUACUGCCAGAGUAAGCUGGCCGUUGUCCUCUUCACUAAGGAGCUGAGCCGGCAGCUGCAAGGCACUGGUGUGACCGUCAAUGCUCUGCACCCCGGUGUGGCCAGGACAGAGCUGGGCAGACACACAGGCAUGCACAGCUCUACCUUUUCCAGCUUCAUGCUCGGGCCCAUCUUCUGGCUGCUGGUCAAGAGCCCCCAGCUGGCGGCCCAGCCCAGCACCUACCUGGCUGUGGCAGAAGAAUUGGAGGGUGUUUCUGGAAAGUACUUUGAUGGACUCAAAGAGAAGGCUCCAGCCCCUGAGGCUGAGGACGAGGAGGUCGCCCGGAGGCUUUGGGCUGAAAGUGCACACCUGGUGGGCUUGGAGAUGUCCCAGGGGCCCUCUGUGAAGGUACAGCCUCUCCCCAAAUAACCUCUGAGAGCAGAUGUAAAGCCACCAGGGAGGUGGAGUCGUCAGGCUGGAACAGCAAGACCAAGGCUGGCUGCCAUGCCCACAUCACUCUCUAGGUGACAGUAUUGGCCAAGGAAAGCUGGCUGCCAUGUCCUCAUCAUCCUCUGGGUGGCAGUAUUGGCAAUGUAUGAGCCUCAAGUCCAAAAAACACUGGCUGUCACACCUGCAGCGCCCUCUAGGUGACAGUAUUGGCACUGUAUGAGCC